CCCACAAUGACGAAUAUUAGUUAGGCAGCCUCCCUUUCGUUCAUAUACAACAGGAGCCCCAUCUCCCGUUAUCAACACCAGGACUUAGUUGCAUGCGGAUACAUACUCCCCAGAUUUGAGUGAGCAGGUCUCUCUCUCUCUCUCUUGAGUGAGCAGGUCUCUCUCUCUCUCUUGAGUGAGCAGCAAAAACUAGCAAGAAAUAUGGCGAUGGUGCUGGAUGCAUUUGCAUCCUACCUCAGCCAUAUGCUAGCGCGGGCAGCGGCAGAUGAGGUAGGGACGAUGUUGGGCGUCUCCGGUGAGAUCGACAAGAUGGGCGAAAAGCUUCGGGACCUCAAGAAUUUCCUUGCCGAUGCCGAUAGGAGGAACAUCAUCGACGAGACUGUCCGAGAGUGGGUGGGGCAGCUUAAGCGCGCCAUGUACGGGGCUACUGACAUCCUUGACCUUUGCCAGCUCAAAUCCAUGGAGCGUGGACCAACCACCGGAAAUGUAGGGUGUCUCAAUCCCUUGCUCUCCUGUAUGAGGAAUCCCAUCCAUGCUCAUGAGAUCGGCACCCGCAUCAAGAAGUUGAACCAGAGGCUUGAUACCAUCAAGGAGCGGAGUGCUGCUUUCAACUUCAUCAACUUCAGGUUCUUUGAGGAUUGUCAUAGCAGCUAUGUGAGCGCAUCUCAUCAUGGUAAUCCUAGUCGGGAGACGGUAGGGGAUUUUGACCGGUCGGCUGUGGUUGGGGAGAAGAUUGAAGAGGACACAAGAGCACUGGUUGCGCAAAUCAUGCAAACAGGAAAGGAGGUCGACAAUGACAUCAUGCUAGUUGCCAUUGUAGGUGUCGGCGGGAUUGGCAAGACCACCCUUGCGCAGAAGGUCUUUAAUGACGAGGCAAUACAAGGUGAGUUCAGUAAAAAGAUAUGGUUGAGUGUCAACCAAAACUUCGGUGAGGUUGCGCUGCUAAGAAGAGCCAUAAUUGAAGCUGGCGGAGACGCCCAACCGGCUGGAAAUGCAAAGGCCACGCUUCACCAAAGCCUCAAGAAUGCCUUGAUUGGCCACAAGACCUUGCUGGUAAUGGAUGAUGUGUGGGACCAUGGAGCAUGGGAUGGUGUGUUGAAAAUACCCUUUCUCAAUGCUGCUGCUUCAUGCAGCCGAGUCCUUAUCACCACUAGAGAUGAAGGUGUUGCUCGAGGGAUGAUAGCCAGAUGGCCCUACCACCGCGUCGACACAUUAUUGCCUGAAGAUGCUUGGUCACUGCUCAAGAAACAGGUACUCUCAAGUGAGAUAGAUGAAGACCACAUAAAUACGCUAAAGGAUAUUGGAUUGAAAAUUAUACAAAAAUGUGGUGGUUUACCACUUGCCGUCAAAGUAAUGGGAGGACUCUUGCGUGGAAGAGGGAGCUUAUGUCGUGAUUGGCAGCAGGUUUUGGAUGAUUCAAAAUGGUCAAUAACUAAAAUGCCCCAAGAGCUCAACUAUGCGGUAUACUUAAGCUAUGAAUAUAUGCCUCCUUACCUGAAACAGUGCUUUUUAUUCUACUCUAUUCUUCCUAAAAGUGGAACUUUUACUCUGGAUCAAGUCGUCGCGAUGUGGAUGAGCGAAGGAUUUAUUCAUGGAAACUCUAGUGAUUUAGAAGAGUUGGGAAGAAAUUACUACAAGGAGCUGGUAUCUAGGAAUCUUAUAGAACCAGAUAAAUCAUAUACUGAUAUAUGGGUUUGCACCAUGCAUGAUGUUGUUCGCUCAUUUGCUCAGUAUAUGACUAAAGAUGAAGCACUCAUUGCUCAAGACGGAGAUAAUGAUAUUCUUACUAAACUUAGUUCACAAAAGUUUCUUUGGUUGUCCAUAGAAACUAACCAAUCACAAUCAGGUGAACUUGGCUGGAAAUCUCUACAGGCGCAAAAAUCAGUCAGAACAUUAAUCUCCACAGUUCAGAUCAAGAUGAAACCUGGUGCUUCAUUGGUUACUUUUUCUAGUUUGCGGACUCUAUAUAUUCAAUCUGCAGAUGUGGCUGCAUUGACUAAAUCAUUGCAUCAACUCAAGCACCUGAGGUAUCUAGCAUUAUUAAAUACUGAUAUAUCUGUGCUUCCACGGAACAUUGGCAAGAUCAAACUAUUAGAAUUCCUUGACCUUCGUGGAUGUGCAAAAUUGGUGAAUCUUCCUCAUAGCAUUGUUAAGCUUCGCCAGCUGAGGUUACUUAUUCUCCCGAAAGAAAGUAUGGUGCCUAGAGGAUUCAGUGGUUUGACAAAUAUGAGGAGACUAAGUGGGUUUCGAGCGCACAUGGAUGGCGAUUGGUGCAGUUUGGAUGAGUUAGGGCCUCUUUCCCAACUCAAAUAUCUUGAACUAGUUCAAUUGGAGAAUGUAUCUAGUGGCUCAUUUGCUGCCAGUGCUAAGCUUGGGGAGAAAAUGAAUAUUAUGAAGCUAUUCCUGGUGUGCACUAGCGUACUGGGCCAUGAUGGGUUGGUCAAAGAGAAAAAAGGUGUCUCUAAGGUAGAGCAGCAACGAAUUGAGAAUGUGUUCGAUGAGCUCAGCCCUCCUCCGAGUGUAGAAAUUCUUGAAAUCACCGGGUAUUUUGGUAGGCAACUCCCCAAUUGGAUGAUGUCCACGUCAGCGGUGCCCCUCAACAACUUGAACACUCUAUUCUUUGCUGACCUAGCCUAUUGCACACAACUUCCAAAUGGGUUGUGUCACCUCCCCAAUCUGCGGUUAGUUCAGGUCCGUGGUGCUCCAUGCAUUAAGCAUGUGGGAACUGGAUUCUUGCAGGCGGCCGAAGCUCCAUUUCCAAGAUUAAACAGGUUGAUCUUAGAAGGAAUGGUGCAAUGGGAGAAGUGGGAUUGGGAGGGGCAAGUACAAGCCAUGCCCCAGUUGGAGAAUCUUGUGCUCAAUAAAUGCAAACUAAGGCAUGUUCCUCGAGGCCUCGCCUUGAAUGCAAGGGCUUUGAAAGACUUAUCCAUACAAGAUGUCCAACACCUGAACUGCCUUGAGAACUUUCCUUCUGUUGUUGAGCUUACAGUUUUUGGAAGCCCUGACCUAGAGAGGAUUGCCAAUCUCCCCAAUUUGCAGAAGCUUAGCAUAACCGAUUGUCCAAAAUUGAAGGUGCUCGAGAGCAUCCCUGCACUCAGGACGUUGCUCCUGGAAGAUAAUGACAUGGAAGAACUGCCAGAGUACAUGCGAGAUAUAAAACCAAGGCAUUUGCAGUUAUACUGCGGGAUAUGGUUGCUCUCUUCAAUAAACGCAGGACGAUCUGGUCCUGAGUGGGACAAGUUCAGACAUGUGGAGUAUGUCAAGGCACAUGCACGUCAUGGAGAUAACAAAAAGAAAUGGUACGUGUUGUACACAAGACAAGACAACUUCAAAUUGGAUUCAAACAUUAGUACCGUAUUCAAAGAAACUUUAUCAUCUUCUUUGGUGGAUGCGCACGGAUUUGAGUCUGCAUACAAAAUGAAAAGAAGCACUUUUAGCUACGUGUGCAGCUUGGUGAGGAUCCCCAUUUCCAAAGAUAUGAUGGCAAGGAAGCACACUUUUAUUGAUGGUAGAGUGAUGUCUUUACAAGAUCAAGUAGCCAUCGCUCUCCGGAUGCUAAACUCUGGUGAGCCACCGGUUACCAUAGGAUCUUUUCUUGGUGUCAAAAAGUCAACUGCGUUGCUAGUAACUCAGGUGUUUGUUGAGGCCAUGGUUGGGCGAAGAAUGCACCACUUGCGCUGGCCAGGCUCAGCUCAGAUGGAGAAGAUCAAGUGCAAGUUUGAGAAGAUCCAUGGCCUCCCUAACUGCGGCGGUGUUGUACAUACAACUCCCAUCAAAUCCGGAUCACGAAACCACGACCGUGAGGAGAAUAGUGGCAUGCUAAUGCAAGUCGUCAUUGACCCGGAUAUGAGGUUCACAGAAUUUUUUUACCCAUUGCAAGGUAGCAUGAACCAGUCGAUCAUUUUGCACGACUCUUGGCUCUUCAAGUCCUGCGAGGAGGGUACCUGGCUGAAUGGUAACAAGUUGAAGGUGUCGUCAAGCGGUGGAUCAGAAGUCGGGGGAUACAUCAUUGGUGAUGCAGGAUACCCUAUUCGCCCCUGGCUCCUCACACCUUACCAGUUGGAAAAUGGCCUCCCAGUCUUAGACGCCAAACUUGAGUUCAACAGGAGACAUUCGGAAGCUACAGCCGUCGCGUUGAGGGCUCUAACAAGGCUGAAAGACACAUGGAAGUGCCUGGAGGGAAAAGGGUGGCAUCCAAAUAAUGAACUUCAGAGGUUCUGGACAAUCGGCACGUGCUGUGUGUUGCAUAACAUAGUGAUAGACAUGGAGGAGGGUGCAGGCAUGCCAGACGACCAGGAGUAUAAUUACAUAGAGCAAGUGAGGCGGGUAGCAGAUGAGGACGCCGUGAAUGUGAGAGAUGCACUGUCCCAGCACUUAAUGAAAUCUGGAGUCCACUCGAUGGUACAGAGGAGGAAAUAGUAGUUGAAUCCAGUUCAAGAGAUGAAAACAAAGAACAUGAAGCCAACCGACCACAAACAGCAUAUUGAGGAAAGGAGAUCAGAUCAUGCUCUCCACUGAAUCAG